AAACUCAAUUUAGUAUAUGUUAAAAUUUAAAGGAAAAAUUACUAAUUAGUCAACCUAUAAAGUACAUUCCAUUUAUUAUUAUUAUUAUUAUUAUUUUUAAUUUUUACAUACCGAAAUAUUUCAAUGAAAAAAAAGAAUAAAAGAAAAUAUAUUUGGUUGGGUAUCAGUCUCUCACACACUCAACUUAACCAUAGAGAAACCUCUUUGAAGACCGGAACAAGCAUCUCCUUGUUCGAGUUCUGGCGGCAUCUUCUUCUCAAAGGUGACAUUUUCAGGCGAGAGUGAUUGAAGGUGAGGGAUAAGAAUAGAAACUUCAGGAUUAUAUCAUGUUGAAGCGGUUGCCAAGUAGAAAUCAAAGAACCAAAGGUUUUAGGGCGAAGCAUGCCUUGCAGAUUUGUCUGCUUCUUGGGGUCUGCUUUUGGCUAAUUUAUCAGGUCAAGCAUUCCCAUGAUAAGAAGAAAGAAUUUGAUGAAAAUGAUGCGAAAACUACAAUUAGGGUAAGUGACGGUGAGAUUCCCAAGCUUGGGAGGAAGGAUCUACAUCCUCGAGAGGAUAUAACUAAAGUUGAGAAGCAUGAGGAAGAAGAGGAAGAAGAAAUAGCAGUAGAGGAAGAAGAACAACAUGGAGAAGAGCGGGAAGAAGAAGAAAACAAGAAUGAGUCACAAGAACAGGAGGAGGAGGAGGAGGAAAACAAGAAUGAAGAUGCGGAAGAUAACAAGAAUGAGGAGGCAGAAGAUGGUGGAAGAGGAGGUGGAGAUGAUGAGAUAGAUGAAAGUGACCAAGAGAGAAAAGAGGAAGAAGGAAAUCAUGAUGAGGAGUUUGUAGAUGAAGAGAAGGAGCGAGAAGAGGAGGGUGGUGAUGAUACCAAAAAAAAUGACAAUGAAGAGAUUGAGGAUCAAGUGGACAAAGAACACUCAUCUGAGGAUCAGGAUAGUGAUGGAGGUGACCAAACUGAUCACGAGGCACGAGAGGAACAUUACAUUAGGGAUGAUGCAUCCAGUGAAGUUGCUCAUGAUACACAAGUUAUAAACACAGGAACUGAGAAAAUAAGUUCAGAAAGUACAAUUGAGAACACAGAAGCAAAAAAUCUAGAGCAGGAUGACAAAUCGAACAACCCAGAGGAUGUUAAAAAGAUUGAAAGCAAUGCAGGAUCAAAGGUGGCAGAAGGUGAAACUGGUGGGAAUCAUACUUCCUUGGAUACGGUUUCUCUUGCACAAAAGGUUGAUUAUGAUAAUUUGCCAAAUUCUUCCGAUAACCAAGUUUCAAUAACUAUGCAAUCUAAUAAUCGUCCGGAAGCAGGCAAUUACUCUGAGAUGGGAACUGAGAAGUCUGGCUCUUUUGAGCAGAUAAAAAUUGAAACAAAUGACUCUUCCCAGCAGAAUAUAACAGAGUCUGUAACUGAUUCAGUUCCUGCUCAAAUUACCAAGGAUGUUGCAACCACAAGAGGGAGUGAAAUAGAAGAAAUUCCAUCACUGGCGCAGACAGAUAACUCCACCAUUGGUUCUUUGGAGAAUAAAAUUGAAUUUAAUUCUACAAAUUCAACAAAAACUGACAAAACGGAUGGAGCCUCUGAAGAAUUAUCUGAUUCGUCUAAAAAUCCAGUGUCUAAUGCUUUGGAACAGGUAGUAAGACCUGAACAAACACUUCAAGUAGAGGAUGGUACCACUUCAACUACGAAGCAGAAUGCCGAUGCUACUGAGAAUGGAAAAUCAGACAACAAAAUUGAUUCUGAUGCAGAAGAGGACAGUUCAGACUCUACUGGUGGGACAGAGGACGCAGUUCAACAUGAUCCAAUAGAUUCGUCUGAUACCCAAAUAGCCCAAGAAAUGAAUGAGGUUCGAAUGGAUCUCAGUACAUUACCAGACAUGGAUUCCCAAAGGGUUGACAGUGAAGAGAUUGCUGCAGAAUGAUGAUUAUGAUUACAAGGCUUUUGGCUCUUUUCAUGUCCAUCCAAGGUCUCUCACACUUAUGUUAUUUUUUAUUCCUAUGUCCAAAGCAUGAUAAAUUUAGCAUUUUUUUCUUUUAUUAUUUUUUAUUAUAUAGAUUAACUGCGUGAAGCUGUGUCGCCUUAGAAUCAACACUGCAGAUGAUUGUAGGCAUCUGUAUAACUUUUAAUCUCAAGUUUUUACCAUGUACUGCCUUUCUUUCUUAUUUGCUUUUUCUUUUUUUCCUUUUGUCUGUGAUGAUUUGUUUAUAUUAGUAACUGUUCCUAAUACUAACAGUACAGUGCUGAAAGCUAAUGGUGAGAUUGAAAUUCGUUUGCCUGCUCA